CUCAAUGUACGUUGAUAUUCUGUAUAUUAGAAUAUUAUAUCAAUUUAUAAUAUAAAUAAACGCGUUAUGACUUUAACCACGAUAACCAAGUUGAUAGAAACCCGCAAUUAAAUGGCAGGAUUUGUGAGUACAAUGAUUUCAAGCCAGCACAACAUCGUAUUCCUGCGGAUAGGUUCAGCAUUUUUCUACGGUAUAGCUUCGCUAAUGAUAACAAUAGUUAACAAGACGGUGCUAACAUCCUACAGUUUUCCAUCCUUCCAAGUACUGGGUAUCGGACAAAUGUUAACCACUAUAAUUGUCCUGUACAUCGCAAAGAAAUUGCGCUACGUUGAUUUUCCUGACCUAGAAGUUACAACGUUCAAGAAGAUUUGGCCACUGCCGAUAAUUUUCAUAGGAAAUAUGAUAUUUGGAUUAGGCGGAACUAAGCAAUUGAGUCUUCCGAUGUUCACCGCCUUAAGACGUUUCAGUAUUCUCAUGACAAUGAUCGCUGAAUAUUACGUACUGGAACUAAGACCACGAGCUACUGUCCAAUUCAGUGUAUACACGAUGGUCCUCGGCGCAGUAGUGGCAGCAUCAAAUGACCUUGCGUUCAAUCUUGAGGGAUACAUCUUUAUAUUGCUCAAUGACUUUUUUACCGCAGCAAACGGAGUCUGUAUGAAAAAAAAACUUGAAUCCAAAGAACUUGGGAAAUACGGCCUCAUGUAUUACAACUCUUUGUUCAUGGUUCUGCCUGCGUCAGCAAUCGCGACAUGGUCAGGCGAUAUUAAGCAUGUUAUGGAAUUCCAAUAUUGGACAAACGCGAUAUUUUUGAUACAAUUUAUGUCGUCCUGUGUGAUGGGAUUUAUAUUAUCGUACAGUGUAAUUUUAUGCACGCUCCACAACUCCGCACUAACGACAACAAUUAUUGGCUGCCUUAAAAAUAUAUCCGUCACUUAUCUGGGCAUGAUUAUCGGUGGUGACUAUAUAUUCUCUUGGCUCAACUUCGUUGGACUAAAUUUAAGUGUAGUUGGUAGUUUAAUUUAUACGUGGGUUACGUUCAGGAGGCAAGAAUCCACGGAAGUAAAGUAUUCUUCUUUACAAACUAUCGAAAGUAAAACCCAAAUUGUGUAGUUGUUGCGCAGUGCUAGAACUAGAAUGCGACGUAUUGUGACGAGUAAUUUUACACGUGUCAAGUCAUUGCCAGUGAAAUUCUUACUAAUUGUAAUUUGUACAAUAUAAAUAGAAUUGAUAAUCUACCAAAGGACAGUUACUGUUACCAGGACAAUUUGUGCCAUAGUACAGUGGCUCAUAAUUUAGGCCAAAUCGUUUUAUUAGGAUAAUUGUAGAAUUGUGCUGUAUUGUUAUUAGUAUUA